CCGCCGCUGGAGAGCCUGGCCACGGUGGAGGAGACGGUGGUGCGGGACAAGGCGGUGGAGUCGCUGCGCGCCGUCUCGCAGGAGCACGCGCCGCCCGCGCUCGAGGGCCACUUCGUGCCGCUCGUCAAGCGCCUCGCGGGCGGCGACUGGUUCACGUCGCGCACCUCGGCCUGCGGCCUCUUCGGCGUCUGCUACCCGCGCGUGUCCGCGCCCGUCAAGGCCGAGCUACGGCAGUACUUCCGCACGCUCUGCUCCGAUGACACGCCCAUGGUUCGCCGCGCGGCCGCCUCCAAGCUGGGCGAGUUCGCGCGCGUCCUCGAGCUGGAGCACGUCAAGGGGGACAUCAUCCCCAUGUUCGCCAGCCUGGCCGCCGACGAGCAGGUGACACCGGGGACACCGGGGAC